GUUUAGAGCCUCGCACUUAUAUAAACUUUUCCAGAUAAAUUGUACCUUUGGAGCAUUUUCAAUUAUGCCACUCCUCAAUUGGGUGAGAAUAGAGAAAAACAGGAUUUACAGAGCAAAUUUGGAAGUCGAACUAACCAGCAGCCUUCCCAAAAAAUUAUCCCAACGUCAACUUUUUCCUUGAAAAAAAUUGAUAUUGCAUAAUAAUCAACAUUCUUCAGUUCUCUCUCUCUACUGAUCAGAUCUUUAUUUCUCUUUCCUCUUAUCAAUAUCUCUCUCUCCUCUCUCUCUGUGCGUCACUCCGAUUCCAGAUCAUGCUUGCAAAGCAGAGGAGCUUGUCUGGUUCGGGGCUAAGCCCUAGGUCUCCUUCUUCCUCACAGCCUUUCUUAUCCGUCUCUGUCACAGAUCCUGUAAAAUUAGGUAAUGGCGUCCAAGCUUACAUCUCUUACCGCGUGAUCACAAAGACAAACUUGCCCGAAUAUCGUGGGCAAGAGAAGAUUGUUAUACGCCGUUACAGUGAUUUUGUAUGGUUGCGGGAUCGCCUUGCUGAAAAGUUUAAGGGGAUAUUUAUUCCUCCUCUUCCAGAGAAGAGUGCUGUUGAGAAAUUUCGCUUCAGUGCUGAGUUUAUUGAGUUAAGGCGCCAGGCAUUGGAUACAUAUGUAAAUCGUGUAGCUUCACAUCCUCAACUACAGCAAAGUGAGGAUUUGAGGAGCUUUUUACAGGACGAUGAAGAGACCAUGGAGAGAGCAAGGUCCCAGGAUGGUGGCAUUUUCAAAAAGAAACCAGCUGAUUUGAUGCAAAUCUUCAAGGAUGUGCAAUCAAAGGUAAGUGAUGUUGUGCUUGGGAAGGAAAAACCAUUGGAAGAAGCUGAUCCAGAGUAUGAAAAAAUGAAGCGUUACGUCUUUGAGCUUGAGGACCACCUUGCAGAGGCACAGAAACAGGCGUUUCGUCUUGUAAAGCGACACAGAGAAUUAGGGCAAGCACUGUCUGAUUUUGGAAAAGCAGUUAAGCUCCUAGGUGACUCUGAAGGAAACCAACUUGGAAAGGCAUUUUCUGAUUUUGGAUCACAAUCAGAGAUGUUGUCCUUUAAAUUGCAAAAGGAGGCUCAAGACUUGUUAAUGAAUUUUGAAGAACCAUUGAAGGACUAUGUGCGUGCUGUGCAGUCUAUUAAGGCCACUAUGACAGACAGAGCAAAUGCCUUCAGGCAGCAAUGUGAAUUGGCAGAGACAGCUAAGCUGAGGGAGAUCAACUUAGAGAAGCUUAUUGUGAUGCGCUCUGAUAAAGUGCCUGAAGUUGAGAUUGAAUGUAAAGAGUUGAAAGCGGAGAGCGAGGAGGCAACAAGAAGAUUUGAGGUUAUUGUGAGAUUGAUGAAUGAAGAGCUGGUGAGGUUCCAAGAACAAAAAACGAUUGAUAUGGGUGUUACCUUCCAUGACUUUGCCAAAGGGCAGGCGCAACUUGCAAAUGACAUUGCGAAUGCUUGGCGAAGUCUUCUCCCUAAGCUCGAGGCUUGUUCACCUUAAAUGGUGUUUUUCAGAUCCAAGAAAGUUCAAAGUAUGAUUGAACUGUAUAAUUUCAGCCCUAUGGAGAAAGGGAUGACCUGGGCGUCUUACGAAGGCGUGCUUGGCAAUAUUCCAAAAGUAUAUGGAGGAUUCUGUGUCCAUUAUUUAACAUUGGAAGAAUAGUGCUAUUUUUUAUAUAAAUUAUACGAUUCCUUAGUUGAAGAUCAUAAUAAUAUCAUUGUUGGGUUCCCCAACUAGAAUGUGGACUUUUUAUUUUUAUCACUCUUUGUAAUAUGCUGAUUCUAUGCAUAUUUACAUCAUCAAACAUUAGUGUUCUAUUGAGGCUUUUCCAGUGUAAGAUUCGU